AUGCAAUAUGACCCAAUCCCCGUCACCUAUGCAGAGUUACUUCCAGGAUUACUCAGAAAUAACUUGGUUCAAACCAGGCCUCCUCCUCCAGUACCAGAAAGACUGCCAGCAUGGUACAGACCUUAUCAGACUUGUGAUUUCCAUCAAGGGGCCCCAGGUCAUAAUAUUGAAAGUUGUUAUGCCUUUAAGUAUGCAGUCCAGAGGCUAAUCAAAGAAAAGAAGAUAACCUUCACAGACUCAGCGCCAAAUAUUCAAACCAAUCCAUUGCCAAACCAUGGUGCUGCAACUGUCAACAUGGUCGAAGAUUUCCAAGAGACUCACCAUAUUCUCGACGUUCAACAAAUCCGAACACCUUUGGUCCCAUUACAUGCCAAGUUAUGCAAAGUGAACCUCUUUAAACAUGAUCAUGAUGGCUGCAACGAGUGCCUUCUGAACCCCUGGGGUUGUCAGAAAGUGAAAGAUGAUAUUCAAGGACUUUUGAACCAAGGAGAACUGGUCGUUGAAAGAAAAUGUGAUGAUGUAUGUGUUAUAACUCCUGAAGAGCCUUUGGAGAUAUUUUACGACAGUCGGAAGUCAGUUGCUGCUCCUUUAGUGAUUUGCUUGCCUGGUCCAAUACCUUAUACUUCUGAGAAGGCAAUUCCUUACAAGUACAAUGCCACUAUGAUAGAAAGUGGUCGUGAAGUUCCAAUACCACCUUUGCCUUCUGUGGGAAAUAUUGCCGAAGAUAGUAGAAUACUGAGGAAUGGGCGUGUUAUCCCUCUAGUGUUUCCAAAGAAAGUUGACGCUCCGGUGACUGAAGAAACUCGAACUAAAGAUUCCGGUGCAAUCAAAGAUGUGGGUCAGACUAGUGGGACCAAGUCAUGUUCUGAUUUUGAUGAGAUUCUCAAGCUGAUAAAGAAAAGUGAGUACAAAGUGGUUGAUCAACUGAUGCAGACUCCGUCAAAAAUAUCCAUAAUGUCUUUAUUGCUGAAUUCUGAGGCUCAUAAGGGAGCUUUGAUGAAAGUCUUGGAGCAAGCUUUUGUAGACCAUGAUGUGACUGUGGGACAAUUCGAUGGAAUAGUGGGGAAUAUCACUGCAUGCAACAAUCUGAGUUUCAGUGACGAAGAGCUCCCAGAGGAAGGAAGGAACCAUAAUUUGGCAUUGCAUAUAUCUGUGAACUGCAAGACUGAUGCUUUGUCAAAUGUGUUGGUAGAUACUGGGUCAUCGUUAAAUGUAAUGGCCAAAACGACCUAUGAUCAGCUUUCUUACAAGGGUACACCUUUGAGACGAAGUGGAGUAAUGGUGAAAGCUUUUGAUGGUUCGAGGAAGAAUGUUCUCCGAGAGGUGGUUUUGCCUAUUACAAUUGGGCCACAGGAUUUCCAGAUUAAUUUUCAAGUGAUGGACAUCCAAGCAUCCUACAGCUGUCUACUAGGCCGACCCUGGAUUCAUGAAGCAGGGGCAGUAACGUCUACCUUGCAUCAGAAGUUAAAGUUUGUGAAGAAUGGGAAGCUGGUAACGGUAAAUGGAGAAGAAGCUUUAUUAGUAAGUCAUUUAUCGUCUUUCUCCUUCAUCGGAGCCGAUAGUGUUGAAGGGACAUCUUUUCAAGGACUUGCCAUAGAAGAAGAGAAUACCAAGAGGAGUGAGUCAUCUAUCUCUUCUCUAAAAGAUGCUCAAAAAGUGAUACAAGCUGGAGGCUCUCCCAGCUGGGGAAAGUUGAUAGAACUGCCAGAGAACAAGCGCCGAGAAGGACUGGGUUUCUGCCCAUCAGCUGAUUUGUCCAAGCCUAAGAUCGUUGUCGAACCGAUCAGAGGUACUUUCCACAGCUCUGGGUUCAUUCAUACAAUCAUUGAAGAUAAUCCCGAAAGAGUGCCACGAAGCUUUGUGACACAAGGAGGGGAAGAAUUAGAAGCAAUCAACUUGGGUACCGAAGAAGACAAGAAGGAGGUCAAGAUUGGGGCAUCACUUGAGGCAAGUGUCAAGAAGCGAGUGAUAGAGCUUCUCAAAGAAUAUGUUGAUGUGUUCGCUUGGUCGUACCGAGAUAUGCCGGGUCUGGAUACUGAUAUCGUGGUACACCAUUUACCUUUGAAACCCGAGUGUCCGCCGGUCAAGCAGAAAUUAAGAAGAACCCAUCCUGAUAUGGCCCUCAAGAUCAAAGAGGAAGUGCAAAAACAGAUCGAUGCAGGUUUCCUCGUUACAUCAAAAUACCCUCAAUGGCUAGCCAACAUUGUGCCUGUUCCUAAGAAGGAUGGCAAAGUCAGAAUGUGUGUUGAUUACCGUGACCUUAACAAAGCUAGUCCCAAAGAUGAUUUUCCAUUACCUCAUAUUGAUGUACUGGUUGACAGCACUGCAAAAUCCAAAGUGUUCUCCCUCAUGGAUGGUUUCUCCGGUUACAAUCAGAUCAAGAUGGCGCCCGAAGACAAAGAGAAGACGUCUUUCAUCACACCUUGGGGCACUUCCUGUUACAGAGUAAUGUCGUUCGGUUUGAUCAAUGCAGGGGCUACUUAUCAAAGGGGUAUGACUACUAUCUUUCACGACAUGAUACACAAAGAGAUUGAGGUUUAUGUGGAUGACAUGAUCGUCAAGUCAAACUGA